UCCAAACAUUCGAGACAGUUCAAGGUGAAGACAACAACCGAACAGUUGAUUGUACGCGAAAUAUCGCGAACUAGUAGAUUCUUAAAUUAAGAAAACUGUAUAAUUAUUAUAAAGUAAACUACUACCUUUGUCUACCACAAGCACAUUUAAACAAAUUGUUCGACUUUCAUCGAUCAUUCAACGAAUCAUCAUUUUAGAAUUUGAUUCUAUCGUAUCGUUUAGCGUGAUUGAUAAUGGCAUCCAAUUACCCGAUGAAGAAAACUCACUUCGAGCAAUUGAAUACUCCAUUGGCGUCCGCAAAUUAUUUGAAACCUCCAUCGCGGAAAUUGUUAAUGAAAAAUGUCAAGCCGCAUCGCGAAGAUGACAAGAAGAAAAAUCAUAAAAAUUCAAACAAUAACAUAUGGGAAAAUAUCGAAUCACCGCAAUUUAUCGACUUUUUACAUUUGCCAACCAAUGGGGACUCUUUCUUUGAUAAAAGACUUUUUUUUGCGAGCACGCCGCUCCCAACUUUACAAAAUAAACCUCCCUGCUCGUCUGAUGAAAACGCAUUGAUCGAGUCUUUUACUAAGAUCCAUUUGUCUGGCAUAGACAACAUCGAUGAAAAUGAAAAAAUAAACAAAGAAUAUACAGUCCACCAUACUAAUGUCAAUAAGGAGAGAAGAAAUGAAGAAAAGUGCAAUGUAGCAAAAAAACUGCAACAUACCACCGUUAAACCAUUUGCGUUUCAUUUGCGUGAGCAGGACAAGCAAAAGCAAAAGCAAGAGCGAAUUAGCAAGCUCUUAGAAGAGGAAAGAAAAAAUAGAGUGUUCAGAGCGAAUCCACUCCCACGAUUUUUAAAACCUCGACCGGCACUUUCAGAUAAUGAUAAUAAAAUUAAUAAUAACGUCGAGAACGUGGGGAGCAACGCCAAUAAAAACACUGAGAAGCAAAACACUCCUAAGAAACAACUUAAGGAGAAUGUUGGGGUUUUCAGAAGACGCUUAAUUAGGCCCAAAACACCACCUCUUCUAACAAGCGUUCGAGCCGUAGAAAGAAAGCAUUUUGAUGACGCUAUGAGAGAAAAAGAACGACAAAAAGAGGAACAGAGAAGAAUGGAAAUGGCUGCUAAGAAAAAGCAAGAAGAGGUAGAGCUAGCACAGUUGAGAAGGCAAAUCGUCCACAAAGCUCAACCGAUACGUAAGUAUAAAUCGAGCUUGCCACAAAUUCAAAAAAGGCCAUUGACCGAUCCUAUAAGCCCAAGACUGUUAAAACGGCGGCGUACAACUGCUAAGAGUACAAUUUGAUAAUAUCAUGUAAAUACAUUACAGUUCAAGUGUACAUAUUUGCAGAUUUCAUUAAAACCUAUUAAUGCAUUAAGCUUAAAUUUUAUUUUGGACAAAAUUAUUGUGAUGUUAGUCAUUAUAUUUUUAAUAAACACUGUAAUUAGAGUUUGCAAGCAAUGUAUAAUAAAAAAAGGUUUUAUUUAUUAUACAUAUAGACUUUUUCCAUUGGUUACUCUUACAUUGUUUGCGUAACUUUUGAAACUUUAUUUAGUCAACGAAUACUUAUAUUAUUAUACACUAUUUGCAAAACCUAAUUUCGACUUUUAUUGUCAUAUGUUAUAUUAUUGCCUUAUUUACUUUAGAACUCAUUAUUACAUAAUUUGAAACUUUUCUUAAGGACACUAUGUAUUAAUAGGUUAAAUGCAAGACAAUAUCUUGGUGUUAUAGAUAGCUUUCAUCGAAAAAAAAGUGUACCUUAAUAUUUUAACUCAUGUUUGAUCUGUUUAAUAGUAUUAUUUUAUAUCUUAAAACUGUGUUGCAGGCAUGUCAGUUUAUAUUAUAGUAUAAGUAACCAUCUAUGAAUUAAAUUAAAUAAUACAGUAUAUAUGUUAAAGAUAUAUAGAUAAUAAUAUAGUGAGUUUCCAACUG